CAGCAACACCGGGAUAACACAUAGCAGCAGACUGUGGCCAGGGUUAUGAUGACAGUUGUCGAGCCUAUCCGUCGCUCUAAGCGUAUUCAGGAGAUCAAAUCUUCCCAGCAAGUGGUUGUUGAUGAAGAUAUCGAAGGUGACGAAUACCAAGAUGAAGAUGGCGAAUACUAUGAAGAAGAGGAGGAGAAGAAGGGAUUUUCGUUGAGGAAGAGGCGGAAAGGUACAUCCAGUUCGUCCCAGAGAAAGAAACCAAAACAUGGUGAGAAGACUGAUGGCUAUAAAGAGCUCCGUGAGAAGUUUGAAGAGCACUAUAUGUUCCAGGCUCUAGUUGAUGCCGAUGCUUCGGUUGCGGAACUUGCCAACGAGUGGGUUGACCAGUACAAGAACGAUAAGGAUUUGGCCAAAAAGGAUUUGGUUAAUAUGAUGCUGAAUGCUGUUGGAUGUUUCACCAAGAUAGAAGAACAUGAUGUUGCGAACAACGAAAGUGCCUCUGAAACUGUUGGUGAGAUCCAAACAUUCUUCAAACGUCAGAAGGUUCAUGAGUUUUAUCUCUUGUCAAAGAAGCCGGAGUAUAAGCAUCUGUUGAAGAACUUCCAACACUUUAUCAGUAACCUCAUUCAAACUGCGGACGAGAGUGGUGUUUUAUACAGCAACAUUGUGAUUGCAGAGGAAGAUGAAGAUGUUGAGGAACCAGAUGAUACCAAUUUGAUGGAAGAUCUGCUGAUCUGGCUCUCAUCGUUCUCAGUAUCGACCAUAAGAUCGUUGAGAUAUAUCUCAACUUUGGCUCUAUUCACUAUUGAAACCACUUUGUGCAAAACUGCAAAGAAGAAUAACACUUCUCUUGAGGACUUGAAGCACCAACUUCUUGUGGAAAAGGGUAAGAAGCAGACUGCGACGAUUAAAAAGAGAGUCUCCCAGAUCGAGGAGAACGUGGAAACUUAUACAAAUCAGUCGAUUUUGCUCGAGAACUUCAUUCAGGAUAUUGUCAACACAAGUUUUAUCCACCGUUUCAAGGAUGUGGACCAUCAUAUUCGUAUUGAGGCGAUGAACUCUCUUGGAGAAUGGAUGAUCUUAUAUCCUGAGCUCUUCUACAAAGUGACAUAUCUUAAAUACCUCGGUUGGAUUCUCUCAGAUUCCAAUUCAAGUGUGAGAAUCCAGGUGUUGAAAACAUUGGUCAAAUUGCUCAAGCACAAUUCAAUCGUCGCCGGAUUGAGACAAUUUGUCGAGAGAUUUAAAGGUCGUAUUGUUGAGAUGGCCUUUUACGACGUUGAUAAUAAUGUGAAGAACAACGCCAUUAUAUUGCUAACUGAAAUCAACAAGAUUGGGUACUUGGAGGAAGAAAGUAUUCACAAAAUUACCUCGUUGCUCUUCACUAGCGAAGACUCCAAAACCAAAUCACUAGUGGCUACUUUUGUUUCGCAAGUUGAAACGGAUCGUACAAGCGAUAUCAUAGAAACUUAUGAAAUAACCAUAGAGCAAGACCAAGACAAAUUCACGCAUGAUCUGCGAAAGUUGAUCAAGUACAAUGCUUUGCUAAAAUUGUUGGAAGAAAGCUAUCAAAGAGAGGAUCAACCAGAAGGGAACCCAUUCAUUGUCUUAGCCGAUAUCAUUGUGUCUACGAAAAGAUACACCAAUCCUUGGUCCGACUUGAUUGAAUAUUAUACGCUAGAUAUCUCUUCAUGUGAUAAACUAAGUGAGACCCUGCGUGAUAUUCUCAAGCUUGAUUUGGCGAAGCGAGUUAUCUUACUGUCUCUGUUGAAUGGCUCUCUCGCAAAACUGUUGAAGAGUAAGGGUUCGGAUGAGGAUUGUGUUGAUGUUUCAUCUAAGUUAGAAGAUAUCUUGAAAAUUGCAGAACAAAGUGAAGAAGAGUUUGGUGUCUUUCUUCAGAUCUUUGGUUUGUUCAAUCCACAGUUCCUGGAGAAUCUGAACAAAUCCCAAGUCUAUAAAAGUACAUUCCAGGCAAUUGCUAAGCAUUUCAAGUCAAAUUUUGUUGGAUCAUCUCAAAGUAAAUAUAUUAACUUGUUUAAGACAAUCCCCAACAACUCAGACCUUGUUUGUGUGAUUGAUACGAAGUCUGUCUUCAAAGACUUGACGAAUGAAUUGAUCUUGGGAUGCCAUAAGUUGGUACAAGCUGAUGAUUUCAUCAUCUCACAGACUACAGCAGCACAGAUCGAGGAUGACUUUAUCUCCAAAUUGUUAGUCCUUGGGACUUCUUUCGAUAUAUCUGAUGCUCUUCCAUAUUUUGCUGAAUUGAAGGAUAAGCUGUUUAGUGUACUGCCGGACAUGGGGCUCGCUGAAAGCUCAUCACUUCAACAAAUGGUUAUAUCCCUCUCUAAGGUCAUACUCUCUUCUGUCUCGUGGAAACUAAACAACUUACUACAGUCCAAUGAGAUGUAUGAUAUCGAAGAAGAACUGAAACCACUGCCUGGUAUUCUUUUUGAUGAGUGUGAACUAAUCACUGAACGCUCCUCACCACUUACCUUCCGCACUGAUCUUUCAUUCUUGGUCAUUGACCUGUACGUUCUUCUGAAGAACUUCUUUGAAAACUACAUUCAGUCAGGAAAAGACAACCUUUCUCACACUUCUCGCUUUAAAGAUCUUGAACUUGAAUCUUUGAAGCCUCGAGAUACUACUAUUGCUAGCCUCAAAGAUAUAUUCUUGAUCAAAGAAUCCAAAUAUGCAAGUUUACUUGGUGAAGUUCUUGAAAGAGAGGAUGAUGAAGGCAUUGAUUAUAACAGUGUUGAGGCCACUGAUGAUGCAGUCGCAUGGGAACUUGAGCGUGAUUUGGCCCUAUUCACAUUGAAGAUCGUAAGAUUCUCUAACAUGGGGUUCUUGCCAAAUGACUUCAUUAGUAGAUUAUCGCUCAAUCGCUCAAUCUUGGGUGAACUGUUUGCAACUGUUAUUGAAGAGCAAUCCAAUACUCCACAAGCUGAACCAGAGCUUGAAGAAGUUCAUGAUGAGGUCCCUAGUAUUCAUCUGGAUUAAAAUUUAUGUCAAUAAAUAUAGCUUUAUAAAUUAAUAAC